ACUCAUUUGGCCAGUCACGGGGCCAAAACCAGUGUUUGGAGCCACAGUGUGGCGGUGGAGGCAGCAGCAAUGGGAGGCCAUACAGCAACCUACGACAAAAUGGAAACCAGCAGGAGUGUGAGGAGACCUGAAAGUGGCACAUGGCAGAGUGGGAGCAAUGGGAGGCGGUACAGGGACCCAGGUCACACUGUGGGCUCAGCAGCAGCGUGACCAGGCGGUACGGGGGCCCAUGGCCGAUUUGGGGCCUGGCGGCACCUAUGGGAGGCCUGUAAUCUGCCAGCAACCUAUGUCAAAAUGGAAAACCGCAGGAGUGUGAGGAGACCUCAAAGUGGCACAUGGCAGAGUGGAAGCAAUGGGAGGCCGUACAGGGACCCAGGUCACACUGUGGGACCAGCA